AUGUUGAGCCAGAGCAUUUUCAUAUUGUUGCCGUUGUUGGUAGUGGCACAAAAUACUCUACCGGAUUUUGUUAAAACUUGCAAACGUUAUGAUCCAAAUCUCUUGAAGUGUCUGCAAGAAAGUUUCGCAGAUGUAUUAAGCCGUAUGGCAAAUGGAAUUCCAGAGAUGGGUUUGAGGCCAAUAGAUCCGGCGACCGUGGAGCAGACGCAUUUGGUGUUUGGAAACAACAGUGCCAUCAAUAUGGAUAUCAAUAUGAUCAAUCCUAAAAUAUACGGUUGCAUGGCCUCUACAUUAAGGGAUGGUCUAUUCGAUAUUGACAAAGGAAUAUACGAGAUGGAAUUUCUUAUUCCCGAAAUCUAUAUGAUCUCCGAAUUUAAGGGCAAUGGAAACGUUUUAAUGAUUAAAAUCAACAGCAACGGCGUUAUUAGAGUCAACACAACAAAUUGCGUGGUAACUGCAAAAUGGGAUGGUAAAUAUUACGAGAAGGACGGAGAGGAACACAUGAAGCUGGAGAAUUUCGUGAUGGACGUAAUGAUAGAAAAAAUUUACGUGGAUGUCGAGGGAUUGUUCGGAGGCAAUAAGGAUUUACAACGUGCCACCAACAAAUUGAUUAAUGAAAAUGUGGAUGUGCUUUACGAGGAAAUGAAACCUGUUAUUUUACAGUUCGUUAAGUCGUUUGCUUUUGAAGCAAACAGUAACGUUUUUGACGCUUUUCCGAUGCGUGUUCUCUUCCCAAAAUAAGGAAUUCGAACGUAAGCGUUAAUUAUAUAAUUAUGAAAGCAACCUAAAUUAUUAUUUUAUUUUUCUGUAAUUGAGGGAGACCUCUGAGCAAAACUGUGAGUGUUCUCUGUGAAGGUUAUUCAUUUAAUGUAAAUAACGCGACCAUCAUA